UAAAACGGUAGUUUUCUGAGAGGAUGUGACAAGUUAGAGUAACUUUAUCCACUCAACGAAGACAUGGCAAGAAGUCAAAGCGCUAACCAGGAGCUCACCGAGGUGCUAAACCAACUCUGGCACUUAGAUACCAACCGUCUGAAGCCGGGGACGGAUUACAUCAUUUCCCUCCAGGGUCGGGCAGGUUAUGUGGCUCAGGGCAGUAACUACGCCAGAGACAAGGCCCGCGCUCCACUCUUCACAUACGUCAACGAGGACAAACUGAAGACUGUCAAGACGUUUGCCCAUUUCAUCAACUUGCUGGACAACUACGAGACGUCCACCGGCGUAUCGGAGACGGUUACAUCAGAGGAGCUCCAAGAGAACAGGGUCUUCAUCGACGCCAUGGUAGAGACGGAUCUCAUGAAGUCUGCUCACAAGUAUCUGGUCAAGAAGGGGCAGUCGCCAUCAGACACAACGCAGUUCAAGAGGCAGCUGUAUGACAUCUGGUUUCGCCUUUACCACAGAGACAGGAGCGGAGGUGAGGAUUCCUGCGGAUUUGAACACGUGUUUGUCGGAGAAACCAAAUAUGGCCGGGAGGUGAUGGGUCUUCAUAACUGGAUCCAGUUCUACCUGCAGGAGAAGCACAACCAUAUUGACUACAAAGGCUACAAAGCCAGAGACAACAAAGACUCUCCUGAUGAAGACGAUCAUGUCCUGAACCUGCAGUUCAGCUGGAAGGGUUUGGUGAAACCGAUCGGCGGCUCCUUCAUCGGAGUUAGUCCCGAGUUCGAGGUCGCUCUCUUCACCAUCAUCUUCCUCAUGUCGACUGAGAAGAUGACCUCUGUGGUGGUGAAAAUCGACGAGUACGUCCUGGAGCUGGUCGUCUAUCGGCACGGGCAAUCCAUCGGCACGUCCUACCCCAAACUGCUCAGCAGCAACAACAGGGAUCUGUAAUAUCACAUCAUCGCAGCUCUCAGCUAGAUAUCGUCGCUGUCGGGCAGAAACUUCGUAUCUCCAUAUUUUGUCAUUUUUAUACUAUUGAUACUAUAAUAUACUAUACUAUAUACUUUUAUACCCGUCUGUGGGACCUUGUCAUUAAAUCUUGUAACUCCAUUGGAUCCAUUGAUUUUUAAAAUGUUCUUAAAACAGUUGUGGACAUACAAGGUUUGCGCCUGUAUGUAUAAUAUGUUUUUGUUUACUUCAUUUCUACGCAGUAUAACCCUAAAAACAAUCUGGAUCAGGUUGUCUUUGCACUAAACAUCAGGCUUAAACUGUCUAUAACGAGCCUAAACCUUCUGAUUCAGGUUGUCUUUAUAGAAGAAAUAUAAAUGGUUGUUAAUCACAUUUCUGUCAUA